GCGCAUGCGUAGGAAAAAGGUGCAACAGUGGCAAGAGAAAAACAACAACACUCAUUGGAACAAGGGUGGAACUCAUGGCACCGUGCGGCGACCCCAGAUCCCACUGAUUUAGUUCACUUCUGAGCCUCUUUUCAGUUCGACUUGAUCUGUAAAUGGUGUCGAGCCCAUGAACCUGGCCAGUCAGAGCGGAGAGGCCGGCUGCAGCCAGCUGCUCUUCGCCAACUUUAAUCAGGAUAACACAUCAUUAGCUGUUGGUACCAAGUCUGGGUACAAGUUUUUCUCCUUGUCAUCCGUCGACAAAUUGGAACAGAUAUAUGAAUGUACUGACACCGAAGAUGUGUGCAUUGUGGAGAGACUGUUCUCCAGCAGCCUUGUCGCUAUUGUCAGCCUUAAGGCACCUAGGAAACUGAAAGUCUGUCAUUUCAAGAAAGGGACGGAGAUAUGCAACUACAGUUACUCAAACACUAUACUGGCUGUGAAACUAAACAGACAGAGACUGAUAGUGUGUUUAGAGGAGUCACUCUAUAUCCACAACAUUAGGGAUAUGAAAGUACUACAUACCAUUCGAGAGACCCCUCCAAAUCCUUCAGGACUAUGUUCCCUGUCAAUAAGUAAUGAUAACUGCUACUUGGCCUAUCCGGGAAGUGCAACAAUUGGGGAGGUACAAGUUUUUGACACGGUUAACCUGAGGGCAGCAAACAUGAUCCCUGCCCAUGAUAGCCCACUAGCAGCACUGGCAUUUGAUGCAAGCGGCACUAAAUUGGCCACAGCCUCUGAGAAGGGCACCGUAAUCCGAGUGUUCUCCAUCCCAGAGGGCCAAAAGCUGUUUGAGUUUAGGAGGGGAGUAAAAAGAUGUGUAAGCAUCUGCUCUCUUGCCUUCAGUAUGGAGGGACUCUAUCUAUCUGCCUCAAGCAACACGGAGACAGUUCAUAUUUUUAAGUUGGAGACGCAGCGAGAGAAGCCUCAAGAGGAACCCACUACUUGGACGGGAUACUUUGGGAAAGUAUUGAUGGCCUCCACAACGUAUCUGCCUGCACAUGUGACAGAGAUGUUCACUCAAGGAAGGGCGUUCGCUACAGUCAGAUUGCCCUUUUCAGGUCACAAGAAUAUCUGUGCUUUGGCCAUAAUCCAAAAGAUCCCACGCCUUCUGGUGGCUGCAGCGGAUGGUUAUCUUUACCUGUACAAUCUGGACCCACAGGAAGGAGGAGAGUGCACGCUAAUGAAACAACAUAAGUUAGAUGGAAGUGCAGAGCCAGCAAAUGAAAUUCUUGAACAGACAGCACAUGACCGACCACUUGUGGCACAGACCUACAGUGCUGCUGUUGCCAAAGGUUACAGUGAGGAUCAGGGGGCGGUAGGGGGUGCUGGAGUGGAGGAUGACAUGAACACUCUGCACCUGGAUGAAGAGAAUGAGCAGCCUCCCUUAAUCCUGGAAACAGACUGAGCCUCUGACAGUCAUACCCUGACCAGAAGAUGGUGUCGACUGAGUGACAAUGCAGAGGAGAAGGAGGGGGGGGAGUGGGGGUGGCUAUCCUCCUUCUGGUGUACUGCUAUGGACAUAUGUGACAUGAUAGGGAAGGGAUUAAAAGAGAAAUAAUUUUAAAGCAAGCCUAGCUGUAGCCUUACUCUGUCUGUUGUUGCGUAUAGAUGUUUUCCUUCCCCCACCCUUGUGGCUUUAUAGAAUCUGGUGAAUUUCAUUUUGUUUCAUUUGUUUUUUUUAAUGCCCAAAUAUGUCCUUAAUUCAGACCAAAAUAUGAAGCUGCAGGUGUCACGUUUCUUAGCUUUGCAUGUACAUGUGCCAAGAAUAGACAUUCUAGAAAAACGUAGCUUUCAUGUUGAUGGUUCUGAUGUGUUUGCUGGCCAUUUCUUCUCUUGAACUUUGGUAUUUGUGUCUUUUUACAAUGUGAUUGAAAGCUAACUGGCUUGCAUUGCCUACCACAUCACCACAUAACUGUGCAAUGUCUGCUUUGUGAAGUCCUAUAAGAAUCAUCAACAUCUGUGGCAGAUGAUUGCUCAUGAAAUAACAGAGCAUAAUUUUAGGUGAGGUCACACAAUGUUAACACUAAGAGGCUUCUCUUUUUGCAAAAGGAAAACAAUAUAUCUUUCUAAAAGGCAUCGGUUACAUUUUUCAGUGCAAGGUUACUGCGUUCUCUGUCUCGUGACAGUGGAAAGGAAAAUCUUGUAAGCAGGAUGUUGUGAGCUUACAAUUGGGCAUGUUCCCACAGACAUCCACAUCCUCGUGUACUACAGUCUGUUAAACAAACAUGGCUGGAGUCCAGGUCACAUAGUCUAGCAGUUGAAUCAGAACAGGUCAAACGUAUGAUGUGAAAUCCAGGGUUCCUGAGUUCUUAGGAGAAAUUAGAGGAUCAGGGCUUGUGAAUGUGAUUAACAAAUAUUAACAAUACAUAAUGCUAGCCAGUGUGCCCAAAUGAGCACACAGUGGAAAAAAACAAUAAAGGCAAUAUAAGAAGAUACUGCCUAAAUUCUUAGAUGGAGCUCUUAAGGCUCCAUUUUAUGCAUGAUUUUUUUUUCUUUAGCAUGUUUUGAUGUUGCAUGUCAACAUCAUUAAUCAGUCGACUUAUGUUCUCAUCAGCCAAUGAGCUCUAAUGCCCCAAGGCCACUUUAAUAUGUUUUCUAAUGAUUUUUGUAAAAAAAAAAAAAAAAAACAAUACAUUGUUCCAUAUAAAGAUUAAAUCAAUCCUCUGUUGAAAAUGUUUAAUCGUCUAUACAUAUAAAUCAUGUUGAGUAACAGUUUCAGCACAUAUUUUUAAUUUGUUUUUAAUUAAAUUUAGUGUGGUGUA